CUAGAAGGCUGUCGUUACAGGAAAUAACUCUUCAUUUUCCCCGCCUCUGGCCUGAUGUCACAGUCUUCAGAAAAAGAGGAUCUGCAUCUGGAAAUCAGAAUAAAACAAGCAGGCUGCACCCUGAGAGGCCGUCCUCAGUUGCUGGGAGCCCUUGAGCCGGGCCUUCUCUCCUUGUUGCCUUCCAGAAACAAGCUGCCGUCUGGGAGGCAGAAGAUGCCCCACUCCAGUCUGCAUCCAUCCAUCCCACGGCCCAGGGGUCACAGGGCCCAAAAAGCAGCCUUGGUCCUGCUAAGUGCCUGCCUGGUGGCCCUCUGGGGGCUGGGGGAGCUGCCAGACUACACUCUCCAGUGGCUGGUGCUCCACCUGGCCUCCCAGCAGAUGGGACUGCUGAUCAAGGGGGUCUGCAAUCUGGCCGAGGAGCUGUGCCACGUCCACUCCAGGUACCAAGGCAGCUACUGGAAGGCUGUGCGGGCCUGCCUGGGCUGCCCCAUGCACCGUGGGGCCCUGCUGCUGCUGUCCUGCUAUUUCUACUUCUCCCUCCCAAACGUGGCUGGCCUGCCCUUCACUUGGAUGCUUGCUCUCCUGGGCCUCUCACAGGCACUUAACAUCCUCCUGGGCCUCCAGGGCCUGGCCCCAGCAGAGAUCUCUGCAAUCUGUGAAAAAAGGAACUUCAAUGUGGCUCAUGGGCUGGCCUGGUCAUAUUAUAUUGGGUACCUGCGGCUGAUCCUGCCAGGGCUCCAGGCCCGGAUCCAAAUUUACAAUCAGUUCCACAACAAUGUGCUACGGGGCGCAGGAAGCCACCGGCUGCACAUCCUCUUCCCGUUGGACUGUGGGGUGCCUGACGACCUGAGCAUGGCUGACCCUAACAUUCGAUUCCUACACAAGCUGCCCCAGCAAAGUGCUGACCGUGCUGGCAUCAAGGGCCGGGUUUACACCAACAGCAUCUAUGAGCUUCUGGAGAAUGGGCAGCCGGCAGGCAUCUGUAUCCUGGAAUAUGCCACCCCCUUGCAGACCCUGUUUGCCAUGUCACAGGAUGGCCGAGCUGGCUUUAGCCGGGAGGACCGGCUUGAGCAGGCCAAACUCUUCUGCCGGACACUUGAAGACAUUCUGGCAGCUGUCCCUGAGUCUCAGAACAACUGCCACCUCAUUGUCUACCAGGAACCGGCAGAGGGAAGCAGCUUCUCCUUGUCACAGGAGAUUCUCCAGCACCUUCGGCAGGAGGAAAGGGAGGUUACCAUGGGCAGCACGGGGACCUCGGUGAUGCCCGUUUCCUCCACACUGUCCCAAGAGCCUGAGCUCCUCAUCAGUGGCAUGGAACAGCCUCUCCCGCUCCGCUCGGAUAUCUUCUGAGGCCCAGGGUCACCUUCCCUGAGCCCCUGGCCAUCCCCAAGACGCUGGAUUGGAGGAUUUCUUUCUUCAGCAGCUAGAGGCCUAGCAGAGCCAUUUCCUCCCAUAGAGGGCCUCUCAGAGAAGGUCCCUGAGUUUGACAUCUCAAGAUGAAUCCUAUGACCUUGGGCAAGUUGUUUCACCUCUCUGAGCCUCAGUGUCCUCAUCUAUGAAAUGGGAUUAUAAUCAUUGCCCUACCUACCUCACAGGGUAGUUUUUGUGAGGACUAUGGCUGUAUGGGUUUUUUGUAAACUCUAAAUGCCAGGUAAACUUAAAGGAUCUUCCAGGUGUCUUCCAUUGGACCCUCAGACCUACUCUCUACCUUUCCUCUGUCCUGGGAUGGCUUCAAUAGGCUCCCUUGCCCUCUGGCUUCUGGUCACAUUCAGUCAAUGGGAAGCCCCAGUGGGAGAAGGAGGGGAAGGGAAGGGUGAGCUUGGGGUAUCUAUUCCCCCAGGUCCCUCCCUGCAGUAUCAAGGUCACUGUGGGCUCUCUCUAGACCUAAAGGACCCUUUCAGUAACCCUGUCUAUCUCCAGGUCUCAUUAACUUCCUCCUCCUCAUGCCCCUUCAGUCCUGGCAGUGGUAUUGGAGCCUCACUGAUGCUCAGUCUGGAGCGCUCACUCUCACUUGUAAUUUCCUUACACCUGCCCUUUCUAAAUAGUCCCCUUUUUAUUUUUAUUUUAAAAAAUUUUUUGGCCACA